AUGGAAAGGUAUAUUACUGUUAAAGAAGAAUCAAUAAUAGGCUCGGAAAUGGAUUUACCUCUCGAUGAUGAGUUUUCAAUCUCCAUCGAUUUACUUAAUUCAUAUUUUCCAAAUGUUAGCGGUUUAAAAUUCAAAAAUGAUCUAUCGGGACGCUGGCAGGGGCUUCAAGUCAAUAACAGAAAAUUGGUAAUAGGUGAACGGAAUUUCUUGUUGAAUCGUGUCUAUGUGGUACACCGUACCUUUGAACCAAAUUCGAAUACAACAGGAGCCGCCACGUCAACUGCUACACGUACAAGUGAUUCACGUCCAAUAACUACGAGACGCACUGGGCGUCAAUACAUCAAAUGUUUGUUGAGUGGUUGGUUUCCGAAAAGCGAUGGGUGGCACAAAAAAUUACAGUAA